AUGCGGCUGGGCUCCGGGACCUUCGCCGCCUGCUGCGUAGUGAUCGAGGUGCUCGGGGUCGCGCUCUUCCUCCGAGGAUUCUUCCCGGCUCCCGUUUGUUCCUUUUCUGGGACGGAGCACCAAACAGAGUCCCCAGCGCCCGAACCCUCGGCUGGAGCCAUUUCCAACUGGACCAAGCUCCCACCACCUCUCUUCGGUAAAGUUGUUAUUAUGCUGAUAGACGCCUUGAGAGAUGACUUUGUGUUUGGGUCAAAGGGUGUGAAAUUUAUGCCCUACACAACUUAUCUUGUGGAAAAAGGAUCAUCUCACAGUUUUGUGGCUGAAGCAAAGCCACCUACAGUUACUAUGCCUCGAAUCAAGGCGCUGAUGACAGGGAGCCUCCCCGGCUUCAUCGAUGUCGUCAGGAACCUCAAUGCCCCCGCGCUGCUGGAGGACAACGUGCUCGCACGAGCGAAGGCAGCGGGGAGAAGAAUCGUCUUUUACGGAGAUGAAACGUGGGGGAAGUUAUUCCCGAAGCAUUUCGUGGAAUAUGAUGGAACAACCUCUUUUUUUGUAUCAGAUUAUACGGAGGUGGAUGAUAAUGUUACAAGACAUUUGGAUAAAGUAUUAAAAAGGCGGGAUUGGGAUGUGUUAAUCCUCCAUUACCUUGGGCUGGACCACAUCGGCCACAUUUCUGGGCCCAAGAGCCCGCUGAUCGGGCGCAAGCUCAGUGAGAUGGACAGCGUCCUGAUGAAGAUCCACACCUCGCUGCUCUCAGAGGAGAGAGAGACUCUGUUGCCCAAUCUGCUGGUUCUUUGUGGUGAUCAUGGCAUGUCUGAAGCUGGAGGUCACGGAGCCUCUUCUGUGCAGGAAGUAAACACCGCUCUGAUCUUAAUCAGCUCUGCAUUUGAAAGGAAACCUGGUGACAUCAGACGUCCAAAGUAUAUUCAACAGACUGAUUUGGCUGCAACACUAUCAAUAGGGCUUGGUCUGCCGAUUCCAAAGAGCAACAUUGGCAGUCUUAUAUUCCCAGUUGUAGAAGGAAAACCAAUGAGGGAACAACUGAGAUUUUUACAUUUAAAUACAGUACAGCUUAGCAAGUUGUUGCAGGAGAAUGUUCCAUCAUAUAAAAAAGAGCCUGCGUUUGAGCAGUUUAAAGUGUCGGAAAGGUUGCACGGGACCUGGGUCAGACUGUACUUGGAGGGGAAUAGCUCAGAAGCCCUUUCCAACCUGGGAAGCAAGGUUCGCAGGCAGUACUUGGACGCGCUGAGGGCCCUGAGCCUGUCCCUGAGCAGACAAGCAGCCCAGUAUGACAUCUACUCCAUGGCGGUGGGGACCGUCCUGGUCCUGGAGGUCCUCGUGCUGCUUCUGCUCAGCGGCCCCCAGGCGCUGAGCGGCAAGGCCGAGCUGGAUGUCCCUCUGCCGUCGCCCGCGUUCUCUCUGCUCUGUUACCUGCUGCCCCUGGGCCUCGCAGCGCUCCACGUCACCGUGUGCACCUCCGCAGGCGGUGCGUGCUACCUGUGCAGCCUCCCGUGGCUGACAGCAGGUGGGCUGAUGGUGCUGGUUUCCACACUGCUCUGCGCAGUCCUGUCUGCUCUCACUGGGAUGUUUGCUGGUGGAAAGCGUCUGAGUAAGAAUCCACCUCAAUGCAACUCAAGGUGGUCGGAGUUAGAUCUUCUCAUCUUGCUGGGGACCGUGGGCCACAUGUUGAGUCUGGGCGCCAGCAGCUUCAUCGAAGAGGAGCCCCAGACCUGGUACUUCCUCGUCAACACGCUGUGCCUAGCUCUGUGCCACGAAAUCUACAGAAACUGCUUUCUGGGAGACGACUGUGCGCCUCAGCGUUGCCCGCACGCGGGAGAGGACUUUGACGGGGUCGCAGUGGCCCCACAGGGCAAGAGCCCUGGCCCUGACGUGUGGGAGCUCGACAGAGCGUCCAAGCACCCCUCUCCUGUGGGAGCGCUCAGAGGCCCUGAAAGGUGGAUGGUGCUGGCGAGCCCGUGGCUGAUUCUGACCUGCUGCCGGCUGCUUCGGUCACUGAACCAGACGGGUGUGCAGUGGGCCCACCGGCCUGACCUGGGGCACUGGCUCACCAGCUCUGAUCAUAAAGCUGAACUCUCUGUUCUGGCCGCAGUUUCCCUCAUCAUGAUUUUUGUGUUGGUUCAGAAGAGGUGCUCCCUGGCAUCAAAAGUGGCCAUGGCGUUUGGCCUGCUGGGCAUCUAUUGCUACAGGGUGGCCAUUGGAAAUCUGCUGUUCCCAUGGCAACAAAACAACAAAGACAUUUCAAAGGGCAUCACCGAAGCUCGUUUUGUUUAUGUCUUUGUCCUUGGCAUUCUGUUCACGGGCACCAAAGGGUUGCUUAAAUCUCAGAUCACUGCUGAUGACUUCACAGUCAAGACCGUGGGCCUCUGGGAAAUAUACAGCGGGUUAGUUCUGCUAGCGGCGCUGCUCCUCAGACCCCACAAUCUUCCCGUCUUAGCCCUGAGCCUCGUCAUCCAGACCAUCAUGACUCAGUUCAUCUGGCGGCCCCUGAGGCACGACGCAGCUGAGGUCACCGUGAUGCAUUACUGGUUUGGUCAAGCGUUCUUCUAUUUUCAGGGAAACUCCAACAGCAUCGCCACCGUAGACAUCUCAGCAGGCUUCGUGGGCCUGGACGCCUAUGUGGAGAUCCCAGCCAUGCUCCUGACGACGUUUGCGACAUACACGGGGCCUGUGCUGUGGGCCAGCCACCUGGUAAACUUCCUGACCUCAGAAGCCAGCAGCGGUUCGGCACUGAGUCAUGCUUGCUUCUGCUACGCACUGAUUUGUUCUAUUCCAGUUUGUGCAUAUAUCAUUUUUGUGACAUCCCUGCGUUAUCAUUUAUUUAUAUGGAGUGUGUUUUCUCCAAAGCUUCUCUAUGAGGGAAUGCAUCUACUCAUCACAGCUGCUGUCUGUGUAUUCUUCACAGCAAUGGACCAAACCAACACAAAAUCUUAG